UGUAAUGGUCUGGUACUAGGAGGGAAGAGGCGUACAGACACCAUGGCAUUAAGAAUAGACAGGCGUGACCGAGUGCGCUAGCAUCAUCACCUUUCAGUGGAAUAACAACCUUAAAUCAACAUGAUAACUGCCAGGCUCAUACUCCUACUGGGUAUCGUGGGUGUCACCUCAGCCAAUGAAGUUGGCCUGGGCGGGAAGGUGCUGGUCUUCCCGUAUGAGACGGACUUCAGCUUCGUGGCGCUCAUCCCCCAAAAGGAGAUGGGCCUGCGGGCGUUCACGCUGUGCAUGCGCGUGGCCACCGAGCUGGAGGGCGAGCGGCAGAUCAUCCUGUUCGCCUACCGCACGCCCGACUACGACGAGCUUAACGUGUGGCGCGAGAAAGACGGCCGCAUCGCCUUCUACCUGAGUGGCGACGGCGCCUUCUUCCACCUGCCGCCCAUCACCACAUUCAGAACGAGUCUCUGCCUCACCUGGGAGUCCCGUACCGGGCUGGCCGCCUUCUGGGUGGACGGCCGCCGCAGCACCUACCAGGUGUACAAGCCGGGCCACACCAUCCGUCCCAAGGGGACCGUCCUCCUUGGGCAAGACCCGGACAAACACCUGGGAGACCUGGAGGCAGUGCAGAGCUUUGUGGGGGAAGUGACCGACCUCAACAUGUGGGACUAUGUGCUGCCCAGAAGCCAGAUACAAGCCCUGCAUUACGAACAUAAGAUCGCCAAAGGAAACAUCUUUGACUGGGCCACCAUCGAGUACCAGCUGAACGGGAAUGUGAUGGUGGUGGAUGAUGACUGACUCGGAGUGGAGUCGCGAGCGAACGKGGAUGUGACCCGUUUGUGUGUGUCUGCUGGACUGCUACUGACCUUUUUUCAUUAGUUUGGUCUUCUAGAUCUAGUCACUUGCAUUCCUUAUGUUGUCAAUUAACUAUGUUCCCUCACAAAAUACCAGUUGUUCAUAAGAAGAGAUGGACAUUUUGUGAUGUUUAAAAAGUCUAUGCAGAAAUGUCAAAACCAGAUUCCAAAAGGUCCUUUCUUUUUACAACUAUUUAGGAUAGAUACGGUAUGUCCUCACCUAAUGCAUGCAUGGUGAGAUUAACCWUUUUUUAUUAGCAUUCCAGCAGUUAUGUUAAUUCAUGAAGCAAGAUGUGAAAAUUUGGUAUACUACUAUUUAACUUUAACUUUAUUAGUCUCCUCUUGCAGCCUGCUAAUUAUCAUGAAUGUUCAGUACAAAUUGCAUACAGUAAGCAAAUUAACCUGUUUAGUUACAGAGCCAGUUUAUUUAUUGCUCUCAGCAUGAUUUUAUUUUUGUGGCCUCAUGCCAGGCUUCCAGGGAUUUGUAUACAUUUGUCACGUGGCUGGUGAGCACUAUUUUCAAUGGAAUGUACCAUAUUUAACCACAAGAUGGCAGUAUAUGCUAGUUUAAUCAGUGAGCGCCAAAUAAUACAUUUCAUGAUCAUG